AUGCCUGAUUCGUCCGACUCCGAUUCGGACUUGGAGGAGGUUUCAGACGGGUCCGAUGCCAUCGACCCAGUUUACUCGGAGGACUCUUCCCCCGAACGCAGUGUGACUGUGCAGCCAGCCAUAGAGGCUAGGCAGGAGGCGGACAAAUCCGCCGUCUUGGAACCUGAAGGGGAACCCCUUUUUGACCCUGAUGCCCUGCAUAACCCUCGCUCGGCUUACUGCUACCCCACCACCCAUGUGGCCAUAUACAUUGCCACUAGGGUUAGGAAGCCCCUAGAUAACGCCACGAGAAAUAAGCUAAGAGCAGAGUGCUCACGCCCUACAGUCCCAGACAUUGCCUGUGUGACCCCCGAAGUGGAUCCUAAGAUCGCCCAAUUUCAGGGUAAAUCAGGCUGGAAGGUCAAAAAGGGACUAGACUAUUCCCUAUGA